UAUUUCCCCAAAGAAAACUGAAUUUCAUUCAAAUAAGGUUCAGCAAUUGCAAGUUUAGUGUAAAAGAAAAUAGAGGAAAUGGACCCAAAAAAAUUCGAAGAAAUGGAAGAUGAGGAAAAUGAUGGCGAUUUCACGGAAGAACAUCGAACAACCCCUGACUGGAGUGAAAACGCCCGAAAGGCCGACCAUUUAUGGGUGGCUUCGAAUGUUUCUGGGGAUUUCUGUUACGUAGGAGAAUCAAACUGCUUGAGAACUGGACCGAGGGCAAAAUGUUCUUCAUGCAGUAUAGUAGUUCACCAAAACUGCUUGGACCAUAAGAAAUUGACCUUCAGAUGUAGGGCUACAUUUGAAAACAAGCCUCCUAGCCACUACAGAAAGACGCAUAUGGUUCAUCAUCAUUGGGUUCGUAGAUUUUCCGAAAAAACUAGAUGUCAACACUGUUCAAAGAAUUUUCAGUGCAAAAUCUCAUUCAGUUCUAAGGAAUUUAUAUCUGUGAGCUGCACUUGGUGCAAGGUCGCUUACCACAAUAGAGAUUCCUGUUUCAGUGCCGACAAAAAACAAGAAGAAUGUAGUUUAGGUGCACAUAAAAGUAUUAUAGUGCCGCCACAUUGGAUACUGAAAUUGCCUAAGGAGAAAAGUUCUGACAUACCUGGGAAUCAAAACGAAUCCGGAAAUAAGAUUCGCCAGGAAAACCUGUUCUUGAUUAGAUCUAUUCCGAAUUCCGAGAUCAGACCACUUAUUGUUUUUAUCAAUCCAAGAUCUGGUGGUAAUCAAGGCUUACGAUUGUUGCAAAAAUUUCAAUGGUUACUCAAUCCCAGGCAAAUUUUUGACUUGACACAAGGCGGUCCUAAAUUGGGACUAGAAAUGUAUAGGAAUGUUCACAACUUGAGAGUUUUGGCUUGUGGUGGAGACGGAACAGUGGGAUGGGUUCUAAGCGUAAUAGAUCAAAUUGGAAUGACACCAGCCCCUGCUGUAGGUGUGUUACCAUUAGGUACAGGAAAUGAUCUGGCAAGGGCUCUUGGAUGGGGUGGCGGCUACACGGAUGAACCAGUAUCCGAAAUAUUAUCAAAUAUGAGCAACAGUCAGCCGGUUUUUCUCGACAGAUGGCAUGUUCAUGUAGAAAAAAAUCCCAACUCCGAUGCGAAUGAAGAAAAUGGAAAGGAUAAUUUGCCUCUGAAUGUUAUAAACAAUUACUUCUCUCUUGGCGUAGAUGCUCAUAUAGCUUUGGAAUUUCAUGAAGCCAGAGAAGCACACCCUGCAAAGUUCAACUCUAGGCUGAAAAAUAAAAUGUUUUAUGGACAGCUAGGAGGAAAAGAUCUAUUACAGCGAAAAUGGAAAAGCUUGACUCAUUAUCUCACUCUUGAAUGCGAUGGGAAAGAUUUUACGCCGAAAUUAAAAGAGUUGAAAUGUCAUGCUCUUGUUUUUCUCAAUAUACCAAGUUAUGGUGGCGGAACACGUCCUUGGAAUUCUUCUAUGGGCUCUUCACUACCUAGCACUGAAGAUGGUUUGAUAGAAGUUGUUGGACUUACUACAUAUCAACUUCCUCUACUACAAGCAGGUGGACACGGAACUUGCAUCACUCAAUGCAAAACUGCCAAGAUAGUAACAUCGAAAACGAUACCAAUGCAGGUUGAUGGAGAACCUUGCAAAGUGAACCCAUCAAUCUUUACCAUUUCCCUCUUGAAUAAAGCAAUGAUGUUGGCUCAUAAGAAAAUGGGUAUUCAGAACGUUGCUAGCAUGGAUGUAAGAAAUCUCGAGAUAGAAGUUUAUUAUAUCAGCAUGCCCAAUUUCGAAAGGUAUUGUUCCGAUAGAAGCGUACUUGUGAAAUCAGCCAUAAAAUUGCACAAGUUCGAUGUAGAAUAUUCGUCACACUUGAGUAAUUUUCGAGACAAUAUCAACUCAUUCCUGUCGAAUAGCAAGGACGAAUGCUUAUCGAAUGAUUGGUACUUCCUUGAUUGUGGUGUGACAGAAAAAUUACAGAAAAUAGACAGAGAAGAAGAGGACUACCACUACGUAUCAGACAUCAUCUAUGAAAAUAAUCUUUAUAUCGUAGAGUAUAUUAACGAGACGAGACCACUGACACCUAAAAGUGAAGGAAACGUUGAUGACCAAUUCGAAGGCAGAGAAGGAAAGGAGGAAAAAGUUAUGGUAAUUCGGAACAUUCCCAAGGAGCCAGCCGUAGUCAAAAAACCUCCGGCCAAAGCACCCCGAAAGACCAAUAAGGCUCCUCAGCCUGAAGUGAAGUUAGUUUUCAAGCCAAAAAAACUUUCAGAGAGAUUAUUCGAUAUGACCGACGAUGCUCUUAGGAACUAUGGGAAUCAUCAAAUCCAACUGCGUGAAACUAUAAUGGAUGCAUUCGGAACAAAAGACCCAAAAGUGGCACAAUUUCUGAAACGUCAAGGAUUCUGUUCUGCUUUGAGGAGUUCAGCAGGAUGUAAUUUACUGCACGCAGCUUGCAUAAAUGGUGACAUAGAGUUGGUGAAUUAUAUGAUCAAUUAUAUAUUCACGGACUUCAAUAUGGUGGAGCAUUUGAUGGAAAAAUAAUGGUGUCCAUUUCGAGCUUGUCGGAGUAGGAAUUAUUUCAAUUCUUUGAAUCAAGUUGUGGAGAAUAAUUAUUCUUCCUUGAUUUUUUUUCAAGCUAUUUAGUAGAAUAGAUAGAUCAGAUUCAAGUUAUUUCAUUGAUGCCUUCAUAAUGCUUGAUCAGAAAAUAGUACAUAUGAAUACAGACACAUUGAGAAGCAUGUUUAAUUGAUAAUACCUUCAAGGUAAAUUAUAAUUAUAAUUGGGGAUGUAAUGAAUUUUUCAACGAGCAUUGAAUAAAUUUAUCAUACUCUA